GUGAUCGAAUCCUGGGCAAACGCUGAUUGGUUCACGAGUCGCCCCACCGUUCCUGAAAAGGUGACUCUGUGCGUGUUUAAAGUAACCGGCGAGACGAACACCGACGACCUUUCGCCGGCCCCCGAUGCCUGGUCUCGCCCAGACAUCCCGCUGCACGCCCUGGCGAUGCU